ACAAAACCGGAUGUUUGUGACUUGAACACAGCUGUCAAAGGAGAGCCGAGCUAAGCGAACCAGCAGCAAUCCUCAGCUCGGUUUCCUUGAUUAGAAGGAACCACACUGCCCCCCCCCCUCUCCCAAGACCAGACCAUCUCCCUUUUUAGCCUUUCACGUGUGGAGCCCCCAGCCCUAGCAUGUCUUCCGACCUUCUGGUUGACCUCAGCGAUGACCUUGGGGCAGACGACCCCUCCAGCAAUGCACUGGAUCACCUCAAAUUGUCCCCCAUGGAGGACAAGCAGUGGCCCCAAGACCUUUCCACCAUGAGCAAGUCUGAGACAGAUAUCACACGGCAGUUGGGGGAGGGGUCUCACCUGAGCUGGGAUCACCCCUACUAUGAUAUCGCCAGGCACCAGAUUGUGGAGGUCGCAGGUGACGAUAACUUUGGCAGGAAGGUGAUUGUGUUCAACGCCUGCAGGAUGCCCCCCCACCAUGAGCUGGACCACCACAAGCUGUUGAUGUACCUGAAGGCCACGCUGGACCAGUAUGUGGAGAGUGACUACACCCUCAUCUACUUCCACCAUGGACUGACCAGCGAGAACAAGCCCUCCCUCAGCUGGAUAAGAGACGCUUACCGCGAGUUUGACAGGAAGUACAAGAAGAACAUCAAGGCCUUGUACAUUGUCCACCCCACCAUGUUCAUCAAGACGCUCCUCAUCCUGUUCAAGCCCCUCAUCAGCUUCAAGUUUGGCCGCAAGAUCAACUACAUCAACUACCUGAGCGAGCUGGAGGACAUCCUCAAGUGUGAGCAGCUGGUCAUCCCUGCCCGCGUGCGAGACUAUGACAACAAGCUGCGAGCCUCUCUGAAGCCAUCGGCCCAGGUGCCCAUGUCGCCCCCUCGCAGCCCCCCCCUGCCCAACCAGCAGUUUGGAGUGCCUUUGGCAAUUCUGAGAGCGAGGCGGUCGGACGAGGACCCUGUUCCUGUGGUGAUGAGAGACACCGUGUCCUUCCUGACAGAGCAGGGUCUGGAGAUUGAGGGCAUCUUCAGGCGCUCGGCCAACGUCACCCUGGUGAAGGAGGUGCAGCUCCGGUACAACUCAGGUGAGGAGAUGAGCUUCUCCCAGAUGGAGGACGUCCACCUGGCUGCUGUGAUCCUGAAGACCUUCCUGAGAGAGCUGCCCGAGCCCCUGCUCACCUACCAGCUCUACAACGACAUCGUCAACUUCCACAACGUGGAGAGCUCUACCCAGGUGUCGGCUAUUCGCAGCAUGCUGGAGAACCUACCAGAGGAGAACUAUGAAUCUCUCAAGUUCCUCAUCCAGUUCCUGGCUCUGGUGUCUGCACAGAGCGAGGUGAACAAGAUGACCAACUCUAACCUGGCGGUGGUGUUUGGGCCCAACCUGUUGUGGGGGCAGGAUGCCGCCAUGACACUUAGCGCCAUCGGACCCAUCAACAACUUCACCAAAACCCUGCUGGACCAGCAACACCUGGUCUUCUCUGCCUGAAGAGAGGGACCAGUACUGUACCUGCCCCUGGCCCUGGCCCUGGCCUAGCCCCUGCCCUUCUCCCCCUCCCUGCCCCUGGCCCUGGCCUAGCCCCUGCCCUUCUCCCCCUCCCUGCCCCUGGCCCUUCCUUCGACCCUUACCCACCCCUUUAGGCAGCUGUCCCUUAGUGACCAUCCCCCCCCCCCUCCAGCCCUCUGUUUGAUGUUGUCCUCUGACCCCGUCUGUCUGAGAGUUGGUCCGCUCAUGUGACCCCUAGGUGUUACUCCUCCCCCUCUCCCAGUAAUGUUGCCAAAUGCAUGAGUGUAGCUGUAACAUAAACUGAGGACCAGAGGAGAGAUAGAAAAGAGAGAAGGAAAACAAAUUCCCAGGGGAGAUUGACUAGCUUGGAUUGCGUGUCAGCGUCAGGUUUGAGGGCUUUAAGGUCUCCCCUGUUGCAAACUCAGGAAGUUUAACCGUAGAAUUCAGCCGUGAACUGGAGUCUCCAGGUACGAAACCAUGAGGACAAUCUAUUCUCCUAAAGGCCAGAGCUCCCCCUCUGGCUCGCGCCUCUUCAGAGCUCUAUUAACGGUACUGGAUGACAACUGAUGUUCUCUGUGAUGCGGUCUGGAUCACUUCUAUAUCAAAUCAACCAUGAGUUCAAGUUUAGAUGUCAUUAGUAUAGACGUCAUGGCGUAUCAGUCAAUAUCUCUGAUCAUGUGUUUGCCUGAGCUUGUCUCCUGAACCAGUGCUUUCUGAGCAGUUGGAGAACAGUUUGAUCCCUGCUGUAAACACACUUAUCAUCCCGAGUGGGAGAAGGCUUUUAGUCACAGCUUGUUUGAUACUCACAAAUCUGGAUGGAGCUACAGAGACCUGUUAAAGCACUCAAAUAACAAUGAGACAUUUGAGUAUAAGAGUGUUUGUAUUCUAAAGGAUAUGGCUUUUCCUGUGUUUAUACAUUUAUAACCCGUCGCCUUACUUUUGAAAUGUUUACUCAUGAUCAAGCAGAGCCGUGUCCCUUUAAGGCCUCUGGCAGUCUCCUGCUAGCAGGCUUCUGCUGUGAGGAGCUCCUCGCUCUGUUCUCAUCGUUCAUUCUGUCCUAGCUGGAGCAUGCUCCUAACUCUGUCAUAUAGCUGGAGCAUGCUCCUAACUCUGUCAUAUAGCUGGAGCAUGCUCCUAACUCUGUCAUAUAGCUGGAGCAUGCUCUUAAUUGUCAGCAUCCUUCUCCUGGAUACUGUAAUCAGUCCGGUGCAGGAUCAUUCUGAUGCUUAUCAUCACGUAACCUCUUCAUAUCCCAGAUGAGCUCUAAUCACAGUGAUAAUGCCAAGCGUGAUUGUCAUACAAGUGAUUACAUCUAGCGUGAAUUUUGCCAUGCAUGUGAUUUUGGUAAUCAUGUAAAUACAUCGUGUGAUUUCUUCAUACAUAUUUUUCUUUGCUUUAAUAACAGUUUGGCAAGUCAUCGGCGGCAACUAGCCUGUGUUAUAUGAAUUAGUCUCUUGUGUACCCUGAAAGCCACUAGAGGGCUUUGCAAGGCUCAACUACUGGGUAUAGUCACUGGGUUCAACUGCCUGACAGGCUGUUUCUAGUGUUGAACUCUAUGACAGGCUAGACACCGUCGCAACAGCCUGACGGGCUGAAGCUGUUUGAUGUUAGCUUGUUUUACCGUAGGUCCUGAGUGCAUUAACUAACCAUCAUUGUUCAUUAUCAAUAACAUUGUUAAUUUUUGUUCAAAAGCCUUAUUUAGCUGUUUUAAUUGUCCAUUUGUUCUGUUUUGCUCUUUUUCAAAUCAACCAAAGAAUCAUGGUUGCAUUGGAAACCUCGGAUCAUUUUCUUAAUUUUUUUUAUACAAUUUAUUAUUUUCCAAAAUUAUUUAAUGUUUUUGAUGGCCAAACAUGGGUGUGCUGUGACCCAGAACACAGACUAAGAACUGCUCCUGCCUGGUGCCCCAGACUGGUGCCCCUGCCAGGUGACUGAAGAAGCCGGAGGAGUUAGCCUCGUACUGGGACGCCUGCUCUGCCUCUUGUUAUUGUUUACUGUGUAAUAUGGAUCCCUCCAGUCAUGUCAAUACUAAGAUGUUGACAUGCAUUACCAGUCAUGUCAAUACUAAGAUGUUGACAUGCAUACCAGUGGCUUAGUAGACCCCCCUGUGUGUCUGUGUGCCUUACUGAAACAGGCACUUCAAAAUAUAUUAGAGACCAACUCCUUGUCCUACUGUCCUGUAUUGACCCAGUGCCAGUAUGUUCGUCUAUUCUAGACUGUAUCGUUGCUAUUGUUUUCUAGUGGUGACAGUGACAAUUCCGUUUCUCUACUAGAGAACUUAUCUUCCUCUGUUUGGACUGUUUAACUGCAAUCUAUCGUUUCCAAGAUCUUACUUUUAUAUAUGUUGUGAAUACAAAGUAUUAAAACAAUUAAAGGUGA